AACGUGUUGAAAUAAAAAAAAUAUAUUAAAGACAUCGGACUGCAGGUUAUUUAUGUAGUUUUCAUUUCGGAAAGCUGAUUUCACCCCAAACUAAAGAAAUGGAUUGAAAUGCAAUAAGACUGUCGAUACUGCUUGUACCAAUUAAACAACAAAACGAUGCGGCUGGCUUUCGAAACACAAUCACAGGCGCCUGGAAAGGGAACAAUAAGGAACAGCAACAACAAAUGCUUCUACAAUUGUCAAUGUCUGUGCUGCCGUCAAGGAUGUUGCGUUGUCGUUCCAAAUUGUUGUUCCUGCUACAACAUCACCAGCUGCAGUGCCUCCAGCUCUCGAAACACACCUCAAGUAGUGACAAGAAAAAAAGAUUUCGAUCCCCCAAACGAUAGAUUGGGCGUAUCAAAGCUGAUUCUGCUCCUGGCGCGAUGGGCAACGGCAUUUGUAACCCUGCUUACAAGCUGCAUUCUACUCGAUAUCAAUGCUUCUGACGGAAGCAAUGGUGAGCGAAGUCAAGGAGUGCUGGUGACUGCAUCUUCUGUUCCUACAACGGUUAUUGAAGCUUCUUCGGCAAUAAGUGGCAACACGAAUACCGUCGCCCUGAAAUACUUCUAUGACAUUACCAAUGAUCAGCAAUUAAGAUCAAAUUAUUUAUGCAAGAUGUUCUGCCAUGGUCUAAAAAGCAAGCGGCAGCGAAGAAGGCGGCGCCGACGGCGUCGCAGGCGUCGUCGCCAUAGACAUAUGACUAAGAGGAAGCAGUGGCAACAAAUAAACAAUAAUAAUAAAUAUAGUAAGCAGCAAAUAAUAAGUAGUAGAAGUAACAAGAGCGUCUUGCAACAAAGGCCAAGCCUUUGCCAAACCUUCGAUACAUUAAAAGUAAGCUAUGUUGGAACAACGCCAAGGACCGUGCGGGACUCGACAUUGAAGGACUUGCUAUCAAUGCGGAACUGCUCAAAGAUAAAUAAACGCAAUCGCGCUAAUCUCAUCUGGCUUCUGAUCGGUCUUGUCUGGUUUGAAGUUAAGCUAAUUAAUUGCAAUGGCAUUAGCAGCACCAAUUUCUAUGCUUCUACAUUAGAAUCUCACAAGGGAUGCACCUUGUGCCAUGAGGCAGGAGGUGGCAGCAAAAGCAGCAUUUAUAAUGAUAAAGAUAAUAAUCCACAUACAGACUACAACAACAUCUACAACAAUAAAUACCAACAUAAUAACAACCACAAUUACUUCAACAAAAAAACAAAUAAUCAACAACAAUAUUACAACAAAAUUCCAACUAGCGAUCAUAUUCGUUUGGAAUCAAUCAAAAGGCAAAUUUUGACUAAACUUGGUCUAACUCACAAGCCAAAUGUCUCUCAUCCCUUACCAAAGCAAUUUAUAUGGGAAACCAUUUAUCGGGCAGAUGGUGGAAGGAUGAUAAUCAACAAUGAUCAUCAGCGACAACAACAGCAUUCGCUUUCCAGACGCAAUACUCUAACAGAAUGGCAUACAUUCAUUGAUGCUUCAAGUGAUCAUGUUCAAUAUCGAUCAGCUUCCGAUCGUACUUGGAAUAUAACUAAAAGCAAUGCCUAUGAGAGGUUACUAAAAAACCAAUAUGGAAAAAGAUACCAUGCGGAAAAAGAGGAUACAACAAAAAUUAGGUUCAUUAAGAAUUGGAAAGAGUUACGUCAGUUGGCAGCAAGUUAUCCUCAGCUUGGGUCUAAGGACAAAAGUCGUUCAAAUCCUGUUACUGUUACUGAAAGUCAACGAAGAACACUUAGUAGUAUUGGAAAAUCUACAUAUCUGUUAGAUUUAAAUCGCAGUAGUGAUAGUGCCAUCAAAAUUGGUAUCAGAAACAAUUAUGAUCAUGAUUAUUUUAGAGAUUACCAUGUUCAGACAAAGAUCCAACAAAGUAUUGAAGAUGAGAAUGACAAGAAACAGAAACGACAUUUCGAGCCGAAUCACGAAGAACACGAUAAGAUCGACGAUCACGAAGACUACUUCGGUAAUACUCGGGAAAUAAUAACAUUUGCAGAAGAAGGAACGCAAUAUCGACAAUAUCGAAUACUUGAGUUUUCCCAAAACCGACGUAUUGUCCCUCCUAACCAAAAACUAUCGAUACGGAGUGCUCAGAUACACAUACGGAUCGAUAAGCCCCACAAUUAUUGGAUCGACAAGGCGAAAACGACAAAUUUCCAGGACGAAGAUUAUGUUUUAAAUGCCAAGCGCAAAUGGCGGAAUCACAAAAUCAAAAUAUGGAUAUUUGAGUUAACAGCUGGCAUUAAUAUUACGGAGAAGGGCAUCGACAAGGCGAUCCUUUUCCGUGCUUCUUUUGAGGUUAACACCAAACAUUUGGGAUGGCAAAAAUUCGAUUUAACUGAAACGAUCCGGGAAUGGUACGGAGGCCAUGGUGGCGACGAAAAGCUAAGACUUCUGAUUGAUUGCACUGGCUGUGGUGGUCGUUACUCAUUGCACCUAUUUCAAACAUCGAAAAUAAGUGAUAGAUCGUCAAAUAACUCAAUAAUCCUAAACCCGAAUCGACCAUUUCUCGUUCUGCAUACGGAAUCUGCCAGAGCGCGACGUGUCCGGCGACGUGCUGUGGAUUGUGGUGGUGCCUUAAGUGGACAGUGCUGCAAAGAGUCAUUUUACGUAUCCUUUAAGGCGCUCGGCUGGGAUGAUUGGAUUAUAGCUCCCAGAGGAUACUUUGCAAACUACUGUCGUGGUGAUUGUACAGGAACUUUUCGUACCCCCGACACGUUUCAAACGUUUCAUGCUCACUUUAUUGAGGAGUAUCGAAAACUGGGUCUUCUUAAUGGAAUGCGGCCCUGCUGUGCACCCAUCAAGUUCUCCAGCAUGUCCUUAAUCUACUAUGGUGAUGAUGGUAUCAUUAAAAGAGACUUGCCCAAAAUGGUUGUUGACGAAUGUGGUUGCCCUUAGCCGAUUGCUCCGCUAUCUUGGCAAUUUAUACAUAUAUUGUAUUUUCCGUCCAGACAUACACAUGGAACAUCAUGCGGAUUACUUCAAAUGGCAAUAUUUAAUAUAUAUUUAAAAAAAAACUGUAAAACCACAAUGUUAAUGCCACAUAUAAGCCUUUUUCAAUAUUAUUAAUGUAUUGUAAAAGAGGCUGAUAGACAAUAUUUAUGUAAAUUUACGUGACAAAUCCAGAAUUAUGAAGUGCCUAUUUCAAUCCAAAUACAUUAUAAAAUCGUGUAAAAGUAAUAUGCAUUUGUAUUUUUGAAUAAAUCAAUGAGGUGCCUAUUAUAUCUAACUUCGGCAAGCCGAAAUUUAAAGUGCAAUUCGAUAAUAAUUAAUAAAAUAUAAAUAAUAAAUAUUAAUGUAAAAAACAUCGUAGUAAAUCCUGCAUUCGUUACAGUCACCUAUACAUACUAUAUUUACAGUUACUGUUUUACAUUCACAGUUUUGCAUUUUUAUCUACAUUUAACGUUGUUUUCUAUGACAGCUACA